AUGGAGACGACGACAACGCUUCCUCCUCAGUCAAAGCCCCCUCACUUGCCCUACUCGAGUGUGUCCCACCACCGUCCGCCGGCGAGGCGAGAAGACUGGUGGAGCGAGGAAGCGACGGAGACUCUAAUCCAAGCCUGGGGUCAUCGUUACCUCAAGCUCAAUUUCGGGAAUCUCCGGCAGAUUGACUGGAAAGAAGUCGCCGCCGCCGUGAACUCCAGCUACGGUAACGACCACCCGAAGACCGAGACGCAGUGUAGGAACAGGAUCGAUACACUGAAGAAGAAGUACAAGACCGAGAAAGCAAAGCUCUCUCCGUCGGCUUGGCGCUUCUUUGACCGCUUCGACGUCCUUCUCGGUCCCGUCUUGAAGAAGAAACCGGUCAAACCAGCGUCUAAGAACCUUUAUCGGAGUUUAACCGGAACAAAGUCUACGGGAAGCUCUCUUGACGACGAUGAGGCUGGUGAUUUGGAAUUGGUUGCCAAGAAGCAUCCCCGUGUGGAAGAGGAAGAUCUGAGUGAAGGAUCGGCGUGUAAGGAGCUAGCUAGGGCCAUUCUCAAGUUUGGGGAGGUUUACGAGAGAACGGAAGGUAGGAAGCAGAAGGUGUUGAUUGAAUUGGAGAAGAAGAGAAUGGAAGUUGCAAAGGAGCUUGAGUUACAACGAAUGAACAUGUUGAUGGAGUUGCAAUUUGAGCUCGAGAAGUCAAAACACAGGAAACGUGGAGCUGGUUCGGGCUCUUCUAAAAGUAAAUGCCGUGAAGACUACAAGAUCUUGAGGUUUUAUGUCGCUUGUCUUCAAGUCCUCGAGUUCGAGGUUGAGAUAUAUGAUGUCAAGUCUCAUCUCUGGGAAAGCGUUGAAACUAACUUCAAAUUCGACUGGUGUUUCGAUAUAAUAAACCCACGAGAUAUGUCUGUGUCUUUGAAAGGAAACAUGUAUUGGAUUGCUCAGAGGAUUAAGUCAAAGAAGUUUUACUUGUCAGGUUUCGGAGGAGACAGGCUUUCUUUGUUGAGUCAACAUGAAGAUGUGUACGACAUUGAGGUUUGGGCUACAAACAAGGUGAGUGACGAGGCUGUGACGUGGAGCAAGUGUUUUAGCGUGGUUGAUCUGAAUAAGCCAGUUUUAAGCUCGUAUUACCAUCGCACUUUACCGACGUUCUUGGUCCACAAGACCGGCCAUGUCAUGUUGUGGUGCGAGGAGAUAGAUUCCGAGGGGAAAUACGUCAACGUUUACGAAUUAAGCCAAGGUCAGAUCAGGCAACAAGUUGAGACAGGAAGACAUCAACGUUGGGAUAGUCUUCCUAACCGUUGCUAUCUGUUUACUCCAAGUCUGGUUCCGGUUCCAGAGUAA